CAAACCGUACUUAACUCCAUGCACAAGUACACGCCUCGAUUCCAUCUGGCCCGAGUUGACGAUCUCUCAAAGAUAAAUUUCUGCGAGUUUGAUACCUUUGUCUUCAAGGAGACUGAAUUCAUUGCUGUCACUGCUUACCAAAAUGAACAGGUUAGCAACAAUACUAUAUUGUGGAAUGCAUGUCUUGUCUUGUAA